GUAAUAGUUUGAAGAAAAUCCGAGUGUUUUGAGCAAUUUCUUUAAUAUUUCUGGGGCGAAAAGUAAAACAUAACCUAUUUAUGAGUUGAUGUCGUAGGCUCAAGUUUUAUUCUGAAGAGCCAAAACACUUGUUCUCAUCUGCGAUAAAUUGUAGAGAGAGAAAGAUAGAGAUAUAAGAGAAGACAUGGCAAGGGAUAGCUGCCUCACACGAAUUACGGCGGGCUUCGCCAUCGGAGGCGCUGUCGGCGGCGCUGUGGGUGCUGUUUAUGGAACUUAUGAUGCUAUUAGAUCCAAGGUCCCAGGUCUUCUAAAAGUACGGUACAUUGGGCAGACGACGGUGGGUAGUGCUGCUGUUUUUGGUCUUUUCCUUGGAGCUGGAAGCUUAAUACAUUGUGGCAAAUCUUAUUAGGCUCGUUUGUUCUAGUUUCAAAAUAAGUAAGCACUGUGGAUUUGAAGAAUUGUGGGAACAUCACGUUGUUAUAGAUGAUCAUGUUAGCUUUAGUUUUUUUGGCCAUUUUAUGCCUAAGUUGGUGUUUUCCUUUUAUGAAUCCGUUUUGGUAGACUAUGGAGCUUUCGAGAAACUAACGUGCUCCCAAGUCUUUUCUUUAAUUUUAGUAUGAAUACUGCAAGUGCAUAUAUCUAUUCUUCGUAUUUUUUGCUGUGGCUUAAA